AUGGAGAAGGCGGGCGAUGGGCGCAACGGGCACGCGGAGGGCUCGGCGGCGGGCGCGGCGGGCGGCGGCGGCGGCGGGCGGGUGCGCGGCUUCCUGCGGCGCCACGGGCUGGUGGUGCUGACGGUGUGCGGGGUGCUGGCCGGCGUGGCGCUGGGCGCGGCGGUGCGCGGCGCGGCGGUGCGCGGCGCGGCGCGGGUGGCCUACCUGGCCUUCCCGGGGGAGCUGCUGCUGCGCAUGCUGCGCAUGGUGAUCCUGCCGCUCGUGGUGUGCAGCCUGGUGUCCGGCGCGGCCAGCCUGGACACGCGCUCCCUCGGCCGCCUCGGCGGCAUCGCCCUCGCCUACUUCCUGGGCACCACGCUGCUCGCCGCCGGCCUGGCCGUGGCCCUCGGCUUCAUCGUGCGCCCGGGCGCCGGCGCCGCCGCCACCCUCAGCGCGCCCGCGCUGGCGCUGCCGGGCGCCGUGCGCACCAAGAAGGAGACGGUGGACUCCUUCCUCGACCUCGUCAGAAACCUGUUUCCUGCGAAUCUCGUUGUUGCAGCUUUCCGAACGUAUGCGACAGACUAUGAGCUACUGGUGAGAAACACUACCUCUGGAAAUGUCACACUGGAAAAGAUCCCUGUUGGCACUGAGAUUGAAGGGAUGAAUAUCCUGGGGCUGGUGCUGUUUGCUCUGCUUCUAGGAGUGGCGCUGAAAAAGCUUGGCCGAGAAGGGGAAGAUCUGAUUCGCUUCUUUAAUUCAUUCAAUGAGGCAACUAUGGUCUUGGUUUCCUGGAUUAUGUGGUACGUACCUAUUGGUAUUAUGUUCCUUGUUGGGAGCAAGAUUGUGGAAAUGGAAGAUAUUAUGCUUCUGGUGACCAGUCUGGGAAAAUACAUCUUUGCCUCUAUUCUGGGCCACUUCAUCCAUGGAGGAAUCAUUCUGCCACUUAUUUAUUUUGCAUCCACACGCCAAAAUCCUUAUCGCUUUCUCUUAGGACUUAUCACACCACUUACCACUGCUUUUGCCACUUCCUCCAGCUCUGCCACUCUCCCAUCGAUGAUCAAGUGUAUUGAGGAAAACAAUGGAGUUGACAAGAGGAUCAGCAGGUUUAUCCUUCCUAUUGGGGCAACUGUGAACAUGGAUGGAGCUGCUAUUUUUCAGUGCAUGGCAGCUGUGUUUAUUGCUCAGCUGAACAAUGUUGACCUCAAUGCUGGGCAGAUCUUCACUAUUCUUGUGACAGCCACUGCAUCCAGCGUGGGUGCAGCAGGUGUCCCGGCGGGAGGAGUCCUCACCAUCGCUAUCAUCCUGGAGGCUAUUGGACUUCCAACCAACGAUCUCUCCUUGAUAUUAGCAGUGGACUGGAUUGUGGACCGAACCACCACAGUUGUGAAUGUGGAAGGGGAUGCCCUAGGAGCAGGUAUCCUUAAUUAUCUGAAUGAAAAAGCAAAGAAAGAGAAAGAACAGGAAUUAAAGGAAGUCAGUGUGGAAGCAGUUCCCAACAGCAAGUGUGAAGGAGAAACGGCACCUUUGGUAACUCACAAAAAUCAACUCUCCAACACAACCAGCACAGCAGACCCUGAAUCCAAGGAAUCAGUAUUGUGAACUAGAGGGAGUUCGUCAGCACACAUCCUAGAGGUGGACCGGCGACGCACCUAGACGUUUGCAGUACUA